AUGCUGAGCCCCCUGGAGAAGCUGCAGACGGGGCCCCCCCUUCUCCCGAUGCUCUUCGAGGGGCAGAGCUUCAUCGACGCGCAGGACGAGCUGUCGGUCAGCCAGUUCAUGAGGAAGUACGGCAUGCCCGAGCGCAUCUCGCAGGAGAUUUUCGUGGCGAUGGCGAAGGCCCUGGACUUCAUCGACCCCGAGAGGCUCUCGAUGACGGUGGUGCUCACCGCGAUGAACCGCUUCAUCAACGAGAGCGACGGCAGCCAGACCGCUUUCUUGGACGGGAACCACCCGACCGCCUCUGCGCCCCGAUGGUGCAGCACAUCGAGCAGCGCGGCGGCGCCGUGCGCCUCGGGGCCGCCCUGGAGGAGAUCGUCCCGAACGCCGACGCCUCCGUGA